AUGAGGUGGAUUCACAGAACUGUCGCCAUGAGCUUCAAAGGAGAUGAAAUGCUCCUGAACUAUCUCAAGGCCUUCGAGAGGAGACUUACCGAAUAUAUUCAUUGUUUGCAACCCGCCACUGGACGUUGGAGAAUGCUUCUUAUAGUGGUAUCUGUCUGUACAGCUACUGGUGCUUGGAACUGGUUAAUAGAUCCUGAGACACAAAAGGUGUCCUUCUUCACGUCGUUAUGGAAUCAUCCGUUUUUCACCAUUAGCUGUAUCACUCUAAUAGGCUUGUUCUUUGCCGGAAUACACAAGAGAGUAGUUGCACCAUCCAUUAUAGCUGCUCGGUGUCGAACAGUAUUAGCAGAAUACAAUAUGUCUUGUGAUGACACAGGAAAACUAAUUUUGAAACCCAGGCCUCACGUUCAAUGACAGCACUCGUCGUCGUGGGACCUAAGACAGCCUUUCUUCAAAUAAGUGAUACAGCAAAAAGCCAUAACGGAUUCCUUUUGCAGUUGGAUAUGUGAAGGUCAUAGCAACAACUGACAAGAAGUGUGCAAUAUUGACCCGGAUCCUCUCGGUGGUGGUGACUCACGUGAUCAGUGCUCCGGUACCUUCGAUUGCCUGUGUUUCAGUAUUAGUGUCACUUUAGUACUUCAGAUCCUGCAGACUUGCAGAUGGAGUAUGUAUGUAUGUAACUAAGUUAAACUUAGAACCUCAUUCAGUUUUUAUAAUGUAUUUUUGCAAACUACUGUAAAUAGCAAAUCAAUGCCAAUGUUAACGAGGAAAACCGUGUGUGGACUGCGUUCUCCUGCACCAGUAUUUCAGGAACAUCUGCCCGCCAUGCCCACAGCUCUUUCAAACUGGCUAUUAUGUGUGCCUUUCACUCUCUCUCUCCUCUCCUAAUCGUCCUACAGGAAAAACAUUGGGUUCGGCCUGGACUCAUCUCCAUUAUGUUGUAAGAAAUUACAGAUGUUCUGAGACACAAUUUUCGUUAAACCAAAUAUUGAACUCCAGCAACUAUUGUGGUUCUUUCAGUUCAUUGUUUUCAUUUACUAAAUGUACUUUCUUUUUUAAAAAAUAAUUUUAAGAACUCACCCCAAAGGCUUUUGAAUAUGCAAGUUUAGUUAUGAAUUAUGUAUCGUCUGGGAAUUUGACAGUUGUCGUUUUGGAUAAUUGGAUUUUAUGCUGUGGUGGACAUGCUGUUCCGCUCGUCUUGCACAGGUGUGACUGAGCAUCUCCCGCCACCACCGGGAUGACACGGGAGCGUGCCACAACCGAGAGCCGGCCAUUCUCACUGCUCAGAGAGUGUUGACGGCAUACUGUGUACGCACAAUAGCCACGUGCCCCAUCCCUGCCCAUACAAUUAAACUAUCGGGAUUGCUGUAAAUAUUUUAAAGUACUGGAGGUGCCUUUUACCUGUUUAUUAGAUUUUGAAAAGGUUUAAAUUAUUUCAUGAGCAAUCUUUUAAAUUGUAUUUAUCAAUCACAUAAAGUGGAAAACUAACAGGACAAAACUUUUUAACAAGGCUGCCAUUUAACUUAAAUGUGUUCAUCUUAGCUUUCACAUGUGUACAAUUUUACCCUUUGAACUGCAGCAAUAAAACCCUCUGCUCCUAAGAAGUCUUAAGAGGGUAUUCUAUAUAUUCUGCUUUGUUUUAUUUACUGUAAAUUUUAUAGGUGAAUAUGUGCAUAAAAAUAAAUACUUUAUAU